UACAUCGGGGCGCUGGGCGCGAGGGUGAUCUGUGACAACAUCCCUGGGCUGGUGAACAAGCAGAGGCAGCUGUGCCAGAGGUACCCUGACAUCAUGCAGUCGGUCGGGGAGGGAGCCAAGGAGUGGAUCCGGGAAUGCCAGCACCAAUUCCGGCACCACCGCUGGAACUGCAGCACCCUGGACCGCGACCACACCGUCUUCGGCCGCGUCAUGCUGCGAAGCAGCAGGGAGGCUGCGUUCGUCUAUGCCAUCUCCUCUGCUGGGGUGGUCUAUGCCAUCACGAGGGCGUGCAGCCAGGGGGACCUGAAGGUCUGCAGCUGUGACCCUCUCAAGAGGGGUCGCUCCAAGGACGAGCGCGGGGAGUUCGACUGGGGCGGCUGCAGCGACAACAUCAACUACGGGAUCAGGUUUGCCAAAGCCUUCGUGGAUGCCAAGGAGAAGAAAGUGAAGGAUGCUCGAGCACUGAUGAACCUGCACAACAACCGCUGUGGGAGGAUGGCUGUGAAACGCUUCCUGAAGCUGGAGUGCAAGUGCCACGGGGUCAGUGGCUCCUGCACACUAAGGACUUGUUGGCUGGCAAUGUCAGACUUCCGAAAAACAGGGGAUUACCUAAGGAAGAAAUACAACGGGGCCAUCCAGGUGACAAUGAACCAGGAUGGCACUGGCUUCACGGUGGCCAACAAGAACUUCAGGAAGCCCACGAAAACAGAUCUGGUGUACUUUGAGAACUCACCUGAUUACUGCGUGAUGGACAAGUCAGCAGGCUCCCUGGGCACUGCUGGCAGGGUGUGCAACAAGAUGUCCCGGGGCACGGAUGGCUGCGAGGUGAUGUGCUGCGGGCGAGGGUACGACACCACGCGCGUCACCCGCGUCACCAAGUGCGAGUGCAAGUUCCACUGGUGCUGCGCUGUGCGCUGCAAGGAGUGUGAGGACACUGUGGACGUGCACACGUGUAAAGCCCCCAAACGGGCCGAGUGGUUGGACCAGACCUGAGCAGAAGGGAGAACCUACUGCCAUCCUCCCUUGCCAUGUCUUUUUUUAAACCCCUGCGCCCCGAGGGCCGCGACGUUCUGGGAGCUGUAGUUCGACUGCAUGGCUUUUAUUUAAUGAAUUCUGCAAAGCACUAAGGAAAGGACUACAUUUCCCAGGAGGUACUGCGGACCCUUCUAUUUGCUCAGCAAAACUAACCCCCUACCUAGGAGGAGGCUGCAAUCCUUGCUUGAACUGUGAACCUGGCAAAGGUUCUCUUUGCAAAGGGGAUGGUGCAACCGAUAUGGACUGGGAGGACCUACAGUCGGGAUGUGAUGGCUGAG